GUGAGCACCGCGUCAUCUGGCAAGGCAGUGGGCUCCGAGUCAACAGGCACGACAGUGGGCACCGGGUCAUCAGGUACCGGAUUGUCUGGCUCGACAGCGGGCAUCGGGUCACCAGGUAUGACAGCGGGCACUGGGUCACCAGGCAUCAGGUCAUUUGGCUCGACAGCGGGCACCGCGUCAUCUGGCAAGGCAGUGGGCUCCGAGUCAACAGGCACGACAGUGGGCACCGGGUCACCAGGCAUGGGGAUCGUCUGGCUCGACAGCGGGCAUCGGGUCACCAGGUACCGGAUCAUCUGGAUCAACAGCGGGCAUCGAGUCAACUGGCCUAAUAGGAUCGUCAGGCUGGAUCAGUUCAUCAUGCUGGGUAGAGGCAUCAGGCUGAAUGCCGGCGUCCGGCUGAGUAGAGAGGCUUCAGGCCGAGUAGAGGCUUCAGCCGAGUAGAGGCAUCAGGCCGAGUAGAGGCUUCAG